AUGGCGUCAUUUGCGAUUAAAGGCUAAAACACAACUUGAUUGCAGUUUCCGCGAUAACAGUUGGCUAAUUAGAUAGCAGUCUAAUUAGCUGGCGACGCAAAUCAAUUAGCUAGCAAGCUAGGUUAAGCAGCCCCCACCCCGGUCUUGUAACGUCGCAUAACAGAGGUCUCGCUGGUUACUACACACAAAAAGGAGGAAGUAGUCGACACAAUGUUAAGUGAAACACACCACAGCGGGGCUCCAGGCGAGUCCGAGCUCGGUUGUAAACAACAAACGAUGAGUAUAGAAGUGGAGAGAAAAUUUGUAUGCAAUGCCAGCAGUCUGAAAACCCUGGAAGAAAUUGGAGUUUGUGCCGGUCAGUACCAGUUUCAGGACCGAUACUUUGACACCCCAGAAUUUGACCUCACUUUAAGUGACGUGUGGCUGCGUCAACGCAAAGGAUGCUGGGAGCUCAAGUGUCCAACCACGACAGUCGAAGGGGCGGAAGAGACACGAGGAGAAUCAUCCAAAGCAGCCAAACUAUGUACUUGCUACAAAGAGAUAACCAAUUUGGCCGAUAUUCAUCUGAAGCUGAAGGAGUUUCUGAAAGACACUGGCCAAAACGUUAAGUUCUUGAUGACUGAGGGCUGUCAGACGUUAACUGACCGCCAUGGUCUUGGCAAUGCAGAGAUGAACUGGGCGCCCGGCGAGUGCUGGGUCAGUGCUAUGAAUCUAGUAUGCUUUGCGGAGUUUACCACAAUGAGGCGGACAUUCACUUUAGAAGAGGACGGUGUGCGCGUAGAUCUAGACGAAGCAGACUUCGGCUACAUUGUGGGAGAGAUAGAGGUACUCAUACCAGAGGGAGGAGAUAUGCAGGCGGCCUUGGACAAGAUUGAAAGAACCGGAAAGAAGCUUGGUGUGAAUGCAGAUCAGGGAGUUGAUGGGAAAAUGUCUGUUUACCUUCAAAGGAACUACCCAGCGCACUAUGCAAGGCUACGGAGUCGAUACAUCUUGUAGAAGACAACUUGAAGAGAUGACAUGAGGAGUCACUCACUGCCAGGGCAGUGAUUUUAUUAUUGAAUGUGUAAUUUAUGUUCCUGAGAAGUAAGCCAAUAAAUUGUGUUCUCGCU